CGAUUGUUAACAAAUACGUAUUUACGUCAGCAGUCAAUACGAUAGAGCUUACUAUAAUAGGAGAAGUUUCGAUUUCUCUUAUAUUAUUUUGUUUACGUAUAUGUAGAAAAAUAUGUUUGUUUGUUACCAAAACUUUAUGUAUUGACACAAAGCAUGACACAUUUCUAUGCGGAUGAGUAAGAUUGUUUUGGCUCUUUAGAGAAGUAUGACUUCCAAUUAUCUUAGUAACGAUUAUUCGUAGUAAAAAAUCAAUAUUUACGCAAAUAGAGAAGAAUUACGUGACUGUCGUCGACUUUGAAAAUUCAUCAGGUCCAUUACUUGAUAUAUGGUCUUCUUUGAUUGAUUCUUAUGUUUCAAGUAAUCGCAUGAAUAUUUCUAAUACGCAAUUAUACUUUUUUCUAUACGUGAUAGAACAAGAUCGAUAAAUAUGGAACAUUCUUUUGGUGGUAGAAAUUGACUUGUAGGCUAUUAUUGACUACCGACGUGUGUAUAUGUAUAUGUAUUACGUGUAUAUAUAUGUAUAUGUAUAUGUUUAUAUACGCAUUAUAUAUGUAUAUAGCACAUUGCGUUGUAGUAUGAGAAAUAACUUACUCGAUGAUACGGGGGCGAUAAUUUGUGUUACUAUAACGACGCGAUCUAUGUCCGUCAAAACAAUGCACGUGACACGAUCGUUCUACGUAUUAACGUUUCGAAUUGCUACGUGUUCAGUGUCAUAAUUUUUACUUAAAAUAUUUCAGAUGAAUACUUUUAUACAAAAUGUAUAUAUUAAAGACGGAGAUUAUACGAAAACGAUUUAUUCUAUGAUCAAGGAACAGCGGUAUGCAGACACAAUCAAAGUGUUGACGACUCUGUUCGAGUCUCAUCCUGAUUCCAGACCUUGUUUAUCGCUUCUUGCUCAUUGUCAUUUUUAUAUGCAAGACUUUGCGGCAGCAGCUACCUGUUAUGAAAAGUUGGUUCAAAUUUGUCCGGAAGAAAAUAUAUAUAAGCUGUAUCAUGCUCAGUCUUUGCAUCAAGCCUGUAUGUAUCAAGAGGCUUGGGCAGUUUCUUUGACUAUUAUUGAUUCAAGUAAUUUAGAAUAUAAAGUAAAGAAGUUACAAGCAGCAAUAAAGUAUGGUCAAGAAGAUAUGGUAGCUGCAAAAAAUCUUGUAGAUCAAUGUCCACUCGAUGAUGUGGAUACGGAAGUAAACUUGGGAUGUCUAUUAUACAAGGAAGAGGAAUACGAACAAGCUUUAAAAAAAUUCUCAAAUGCUUUACAAAUUACAGGAUUUAAACCACAUUUGUCUUAUAAUGUAGCUCUCUCUUAUUUCAAACUAAAAGAAUAUGCUGCCUCUUUAAAACAUAUUGCUGAUAUUAUUGAGCAAGGAAUAAGAGAACAUCCAGAACUAGGUGUAGGUAUGGCAACAGAAGGUAUUGAAGUCCGUAGUGUUGGAAACACACUUACUCUCCAUGAAACAGCUUUAACGGAAGCUUUUAAUCUUAAAGCUGCUAUAGAAUAUCAGUUGCAAAAUUACGAAGCUGCUAAGGAAGCAUUGACGGAUAUGCCUCCGCGUUCUGAAGAAGAAUUAGACGCCGUUACGUUACAUAAUCAAGCAUUAUUAAAUAUGGAUACAAAGCCGAGCGAAGGAUUCGAAAAAUUACAGUUCUUAUUACAACAGAAUCCUUUUCCACCUGAAACAUUUGCUAAUGUACUGUUGCUAUAUUGUAAAUAUCAAUAUUAUGAUUUAGCAGCAGAUGUUUUAGCUGAAAAUGUACAUUUAACGUACAAAUAUUUGACACCGUAUUUAUAUGAUUUCCUGGAUGCAUUAAUUACACAACAAACUUCGCCUGAAGAAGCAUAUCGCAAAUUUGAUGAUCUUGCAAAUAAACAUACUGAAACAUUGCGAAAGGCAACUAAACAGGUUCAAGAAGCAAGAUUGAAUCAUGACGAUAGUGCUGUUAAAAAAGCUGUAACUGAUUAUGAAGAAGCUUUAGACAGAUAUGUACCUGUUCUAAUGGCACAGGCUAAAAUAUAUUGGGACAGAGAGAAUUAUAUACAAGUAGAAAAAAUUUUUAGGAAGAGUGUUGAAUUUUGUAACGAGCAUGAUAUAUGGAAGUUAAACGUAGCGCAUACUUUGUUUAUGCAAGAAAAUAAAUUUAAGGAAGCAACAGGUUUUUAUGAACCGAUUGUCAGAAAAAAAUAUGAUAAUAUUUUAGAUACAAGCGCUAUAGUAUUGGCAAAUUUGUGCGUAAGUUACAUUAUGACAUCUCAAAAUGCAGAUGCUGAAGAACUAAUGAAGAAAAUUGAAAAAGAAGAAGAGGCAGUAUCGUUUGAAGAUCAAGAUAAAAAGUUAUUUCACUUAUGUAUUGUAAAUUUGGUGAUUGGAACUUUAUAUUGUUCGAAAGGCAACUACGAAUUUGGCAUAUCUAGAGUGAUGAAAAGUUUAGAACCUUAUAAUAAGAAACUAGGAACAGAUACUUGGUUCUAUGCAAAAAGAUGUUUUCUCUCUCUCCUAGAACAAUUAGCUAAACAAUUAGUAGUUUUAAAAGAUUCCACUUUACAAGAAUGUAUUCAGUUUCUGGAACAUUGUGAAGUUUAUGGACGAGAUAUACCUACUGUAAUAGAACAACCAUUUGAUAUGCAAGAUAUUCUAACAGAAUCACCUCAAGGAAUACGAACUGUUGUAUAUGAAGCAAGGUUUUUGAAGACAUUGUUUCUAAGGCUACAAAUGUCUUAAAGCGCAGAUGAAAACAAAAGAAAAAGAAAAAUGGUGGUCGAUAUGGAACUUCAAGAAGCAAAAGAUGAGGUUCUUCGGCUUAUGAAAGAUAAAGAUAAAAUUGAAUCGGAUAUACGCGCGCUAAAAGAUGUA